ACUUUGCCCCCCCCCCCCCACUUCUCUCUCUCUCUAACCUUCUCGCGAUCCAAUAACCCCAAAAAAAUCAUUUUAAUUUUCGACAUAAAAACUCAAUUAAAAAUAAAGAAAGCUUUUGUCAACUAUCAUUUAAUGGAUUGAUUUCGCCGACGAUGCUUUUCAUUUUCUGAUUUUGGAACUUCCAGAUCGAAACACUUCCGCCCAGUCUUGAUUCGCACAAAUAGGUGUGGAAUUUUUAGAGAGAAUAUGUCCCAAUACCAAGCAGACGAUGCCGAAUACAUGGCGGAUGAAUAUGAAAUGGAAGAUGUUGAUGAUGACAUGGAUGAUGAGUUUCGUGGUAGAGAAAUGGGUGGCUCAGAGUCUGAUGCUGAUGAAUAUGACCACUUGAAUAGUAAGCUAGCCGAUACUACUGCUGCUCAAGCUAGGAAAGGAAAAGACAUCCAGGGGAUCCCUUGGAAUAGGCUUAGCAUCACUAGAGAGAAAUACCGGCAAACUAGGCUAGAACAAUACAAGAACUAUGAAAACAUCCCUCAUUCCGGAGAGGGGUCAGGAAAGGAUUGCCAAGUUACCAAGAAAGGAGGCACAUACUAUGAGUUCAGACGGAAUUCGAGAUCUGUGAAGUCAACCAUUCUUCAUUUUCAGUUGAGGAACUUGGUUUGGGCUACCUCAAAGCAUGAUGUCUACCUUAUGUCUCAUUUUUCUGUCAUCCAUUGGUCCUCCUUAACCUGUAGCAAAUCUGAAAUUCUCAAUGUCUCAGGGCAUGUUGCACCAUCAGAGAAACAUCCCGGGAGUCUGUUGGAGGGAUUUACUCAGACUCAAGUGAGUACUCUUGCUGUAAAAGAUAAGUUGCUUGUUGCCGGAGGGUUCCAAGGAGAACUUAUUUGCAAGCAUCUAGAUCGGCCUGGAGUUAGUUUUUGUUCCAGGACGACUUAUGAUGAUAAUGCCAUCACCAAUGCUGUUGAGAUCUACGUCAGCUCCAGUGGUGCAGUUCACUUCACGGCUUCAAAUAAUGACUCUGGAGUUAGAGACUUUGAUAUGGAGAAAUUUCAGCUUACUAAGCACUUCCGAUUUCCUUGGCCAGUGAAUCAUACUUCUCUAAGUCCUGAUGGUAAACUCCUUAUAAUUGUUGGAGACAACCCAGAUGGUAUGAUGGUGGACUCCCAAACCGGAAAGACAGUUAUGCCCUUGUGUGGGCACUUAGAUUUCUCAUUUGCAUCAGCGUGGCACCCUGAUGGUGUCACUUUUGCUACUGGAAACCAGGACAAAACCUGCCGGGUUUGGGAUGUCCGAAAUCUAUCCAAGUCAGUUGCUGUUCUUAAGGGCAACCUUGGAGCCAUUCGGUCGAUCCGCUAUACUUCUGAUGGCCAGUAUAUGGCAAUGGCAGAACCUGCUGACUUCGUACAUGUGUAUGAUGUGAAAAAUGGGUAUGAGAAGGAACAGGAGAUUGAUUUCUUUGGAGAGAUAUCCGGCCUAUCAUUCAGUCCGGACACAGAGUCUCUUUUUAUCGGAGUGUGGGAUCGUACAUAUGGUAGUCUCCUUGAUUAUGGCCGAUGCCGAAACUACUCAUACCUCGAUUCUCUAAUUUGAGUUGAAUGCGAAACCCACAAAUAAGUGUGUUAGUGUUGCUGAUUGGUUGGGGCAAUGGAAAAAACUAGUACUAUAUGAUGCAGUUGGAGAGGUUUUAGUUGUACAUUUGGUAUGUUGUGCAAUUGUAGCUAAUUGUUCUAUUUUGUUGUAGCUGUGGAUUUAUAAUGAAGUGUUUAAAAGGGAGGGGAUGUACAGAAGAUUGGAAAAGGCAAUGCUUGUCCCAACAAGGGAAAAGAAAGAGAACCCGUGUGUCGUAGGGUAGAUGGCUGGUUGGCCAUCCUUCGUGUACCUUAGAAAUUUUUAUUACUUUUAUGAGAACCUGUUUGGUGGAACGUAUCAA